AUGGCGCAGAAAGAUCAGCUGGACCCAGAAACCUUCUCUUGUGUGAUCUGUCUGGAUCUACUGAAGGAUCCGGUGACUACUACCUGUGGACACAGCUACUGUAUGAGCUGUAUUAAAGGAUUCUGGGAUGGAGAGGAUCAGAGGAAGAUCUACAGCUGCCCUCAGUGCAGACAGGCAUUCACACCGAGGCCUGUCCUGAAGAAAAACACCAUGUUAGCAGCUUUAGUGGAGCAGCUGAAGAAGACUGGACUCCAAGCUGCUCCUGCUGAUCACUGCUAUGCUGGACCUGAAGAUGUGGCCUGUGAUGUCUGCACUGGGAGGAAGAGGAAAGCCACCAAGUCCUGUCUGACGUGUCUGAUGUCUUACUGUGAGAAUCACCUCCAGUCUCACUUUGAAUCAACCAAAUUAAAGAAACACAAGCUGGUGGAGCCCUCGGAGAAGCUCCAGGAGAACAUCUGCUCUCGUCAUGAUGAGGUGAUGAAGAUAUUCUGCCGUACAGAUAAGAAGUGUAUCUGUUAUCUGUGCACUAUGGAGGAUCAUAAAGGCCACGACACAGUCCCAGCUGCAGCAGAAAGGACUGAGAGGCAGAGAGAGCUCGAGGUGAGUCGACUAAACAUCCAGCAGAGAAUCCAGGACAGAGAGAAAGAUGUGAAGCUGCUUCAACAGGAGGUGGAGGCCAUCAGUCUCUCUGCUGAUAAAGCAGUGGACGACAGUGAGAAGAUCUUCACUCGGCUGAUCCGUCUCCUCCAGAAAAGAAGCUCUGAUGUGAAGCAGCAGAUCAGAUCCCAGCAGGAAACUGAAGUGAGUGGAGUCAAAGAGCUUCAGGAGAAGCUGCAGCAGGAGAUCACUGAGCUGAAGAGGAAAGACGCUGAACUGAAGCAGCUCUCACACAAAGAGGAUCACAACCAGUUUCUACACAACUACCCCUCAGUGUCACAUCUCAGUGAACCUACAGACUCAUCCAGCAUCAAUAUCCGUCCUCUGAGAUACUUUGAGGAUGUGACAGCAGCUGUGUCAGAGCUCAGAGAUAAACUACAGGACAUCCUGAGGGACAGACGGACAAAAUUCUCACUGACAGAGACUGAAGUGGACGUUUUAUUGCCACAACCAGAACCAGAGUCCAAGACCAGAGCUGAGCUCUUAAGAUAUUCACGUGAAAUCACUCUGGAUCCAAACACAGUAAACACAUAUCUGUUAUUAUCUGAGGGGAACAGAAAAGUAACAUAUACUAAACAACCACAGUCUUAUUCUAGUCACACAGACAGAUUCAUUAAUUAUACUCAGGUCCUGAGUAGAGAGAGUCUGACUGGACGUUGUUACUGGGAGGUGGAGUGGGAAGGAGUAGUUGAGGUAGCAGUCGCAUACAAGAAUAUCAGCAGAGCAGGAGAUGAAUCUCUAUUUGGAUGUAAUGACCAAUCUUGGUCUUUAGUUUGUGACACUGACAGUUAUGAAUUUUGCUUCAACAACAUUGAGACUCCCAUCUCAGGUCCUGUUUCCUCCAGAGUUGGAGUGUACCUGGAUCACAGAGCAGGUAUUCUGUCCUUCUACAGCGUCUCUGAAACCAUGACUCUCCUCCACAGAGUCCAGACCACAUUCACUCAGCCUCUCUAUGCUGGACUUUGUCUUGGUGAUGAAUCCACAGCUGAGUUGUGUAAAGUGAAAAAUACAGGAGUCAUUUCAGGCUUCAUGUGUCAGAUGUUAUAA